AUAUAAAAGAGCUUCGCCUCCUCUUGAGCUCUCCCUCAUAUACACACACCACUCGAGUGGAGUUUUAUUGCGUGAGUGCGCUGUCCGUAGAAAGAGGUGAGAGAGAGAAGCAGAGCCGAGGAGACGCACCCGUUUCUCGCCUUCCACCUUCCAUCAUCGGCCAAUUCGGCGCUCGCCGGCGUUCCGUCUAGCGGAUGAGAAGCGGCGUGACGGCGACGGCGGCGGCGUGACCUUCUUCGCUCCUCGGAGAAGAAGAAGAGAGCGGAGGACGAGAACCGACGGAGGAGGGUCCAAUGGAGCAGCGCUACCGACCGGCUGGAGCCCCUGAUGAUACUACCAAGAGAAGGGCCACCAAAAGCAAAAGUUUCAAAGAUGUUGAAAACUAUGAAGUUCUUGUCCUCGAGAAGAACUGUGGUUGCAAGUUCAAAUCUUUGCGCUACCUGCUUAUAGCUAUUAUUUCUGCAACGUUUGUUACCCUCCUAACUCCGACCUUGUACGAGCGCCAACUACAAUCCAGUUCUUUGUAUGUCGAUGUUGACUGGAUAUGGGACAAAACAAUUUCUGAUCCACGAUAUGUAUCAUCUGUUGAUGUUCAGUGGGAUGAUGUAUAUUCAUCACUGGAAGAUCUUAAGGCUGGUAACCAAAAGCUGAAAGUUGGACUCUUGAAUUUUAAUAGCACUGAGUUCGGCUCUUGGUCGCGGAUACUCCCUGAAAGCCAUGUUUCAGUUAUAAGACUAGAGCAUGCCAAGGAAAGCAUUACUUGGCCUGCCCUAUAUCCUGAAUGGAUAGACGAGGAGGAGGAUUCUGAGAUACCAUCCUGUCCAUCAUUUCCAGAGCCUAAUGCCCGAAAAGGUGUAUCGUUUGAUGUUAUUGCUGUGAAACUUCCCUGUACAAGGGUGGCAGGUUGGUCAAGAGAUGUUGCCAGGCUCCAUUUGCAGCUCUCAGCGGCAAAAUUGGCCGUGACCUCUUCAAGAGCCAACCGGAAGGCCCAUGUGCUUUUUGUGACGGACUGCUUCCCGAUUCCUAAUCUCUUCCCAUGCAAGAACCUUGUGAAACAUGAAGGCAAUGCUUGGUUGUAUAGGCCUGAUUUGAGGGCGAUAAAGGAGAAGCUUAGGCUUCCUGUUGGAUCGUGUGAGCUUGCCGUUCCACUUAAAGCCAAAGCAAGACUUUACUCAGUAGAUCGAAGAAGAGAAGCUUAUGCAACGAUACUGCAUUCAGCGAGUGAAUACGUAUGUGGUGCUAUCACAGCAGCUCAGAGCAUCAGGCAAGCAGGAUCAACCAGGGACUUGGUUAUCCUUGUUGAUGAUACCAUAAGUAAUCAUCACCGGAGAGGCUUGGAAGCUGCGGGCUGGAAGGUGAGAAUAAUCGAGAGAAUCAGGAACCCAAAAGCUGAGCGUGAUGCCUACAAUGAGUGGAACUAUAGCAAGUUCAGGUUAUGGCAGCUGACUGACUAUGACAAGAUCAUAUUCAUUGAUGCUGACCUCCUCAUCUUGAGGAAUGUGGAUUUCCUGUUUGCGAUGCCAGAGAUCACUGCAACUGGCAACAAUGCGACCCUCUUCAACUCUGGUGUGAUGGUCAUCGAGCCCUCAAACUGCACGUUCCAGCUGCUGAUGGAACACAUCAACGAGAUAACAUCGUACAACGGCGGUGACCAAGGGUACCUGAAUGAGAUAUUCACAUGGUGGCACCGCAUUCCGAAGCAAAUGAACUUCCUGAAGCACUUCUGGGAGGGUGACAGCGAGGCGAUGAAGGCGAAGAAGACCCAGCUGUUUGGCGCCGACCCGCCGAGCCUCUACGUGCUCCACUACCUAGGCGUGAAGCCAUGGCUGUGCUUCAGGGACUAUGACUGCAACUGGAACAACCUGAUGAUGCGUGAGUUCGCGAGCGAUGUCGCGCACGACCGGUGGUGGAAGGUGCACGACAAGAUGCCUCAGAAGCUUCAGUCCUACUGCCUUCUGAGAACGAGGCAGAAGGCUGGGCUGGAAUGGGACCGGAGGCAGGCCCAGAAGGCAAACGUUGAGGACGGCCAUUGGCGGCGGAACAUCACUGAUCCGAGGCUCAAGAUCUGCUUCGAGAAGUUCUGCUACUGGGAGAGCAUGCUGUGGCACUGGGGCGAGACAAACCGGACAAAGAGCACCCCUGUGCUGUCGACACCUACUGUGAGCUUGUCAAGCUCUUGAGCUGUGUAGAUAACCCGAGACAUAUUUAUACAGAAAGCUUUAUGUAUAGCACCAUACAUGCAUAGCAGCAGCUUGUAUAGGUAGCUAUGCUUAGGUCUUUUCCCAUACAAAUGUAAACCCUAUGUUGCCGUCCUGGCUGCGCCUCAUGUCUGGCAGCGGCGAUGGUCAACAAAUAUUUGGGUUGAUUUAGCUAAUAAGUUAUUUGUGCAUGUAAAUUCUCUUACUGGGAACACGGAAUGUUUUUUCACGACA